AUGGAUACUCGCUACCAACCAGAAGGUUUGUCCUUUGGCACAAAGGAUAACUUCAGCCCUAAUUUUGAGAAUGGUCGAUUUCCUCUCGCAUCUGACCAGCAACAACAAUCCCAAUAUUCCCCUCAGUCACAGCAACUGAGCCAGUAUGGCCUGCCUUCCGGGCCUCGCAUGCAGACCCCUCAGCAGCAAGGACAAUAUGGACUGCCUUCUGGACCUCGACAGGCACAACACUCACCUCAGUCAAGCCGGGAUGUGAACAACUACUCCCGCUUGUCAAACCCUCAGCAGCAGCAACAGCAGCAGCAGCAGCAACCAUCAGAGCAACAACAACAGCAACAGCUACAUCCAAACCAGUACCAACCUCAGCCUCAGCUGGCGCCUCAACAGAGCCAGUUCGCCUUCCAGUCUGGAGAGACCACUCGCACCAAUACAUGGGCGAACAACACACCGGCAGCGCAUACACCAGCGCCUAUGUAUGCAUCUGACGCAGGAUACUUCCCCGGCCCAGUUGACGCUAAUGGAUAUCGCGUCGAUACGAAGGAGAGGCCACAAGAACCAGAGAACCCCUUCAGAGACCCAGCUCAUCAGUCUCCGCCACCGAUGGACGAUAUCGACCUCGAGAAGCACAAGCAUGACGAUGGGCACUCAGGAUGGGACAAGCACACUAAGAUCCCCGGCAGGAAGGACCCUAAUCAGCCAUAUCUUACUUUCGGAGAACGAAUCAGACACUACACAUGGGCGAACUACACGCUGACGAUGGCCACGGGUGGUCUCGGUACGCUUAUCGCUAUCCAGCCCCAUUCCUUCCCCGGUCUCAUUACCAUCGGUGCCGUUUUCUACAUCCUCAACCUCAUGCUGUUUACUGCUGUAACAAUGACCAUGGUUCUUCGUUUCACCAAGUAUGCUGGAUCCUUCAAGGGCUCCAUCACCCACGAACGUGAAGGCCUCUUCCUUGGACCAUUCUUCCUCUCUAUCGCUACAAUCAUCACCGGUACUCAGAAAUACGUCAUAGAAGCUUACGAAGUGGAUCAUCCAAACCGAGCUUGGGCAGUUACCACGAUGGCAGUUGCCUUCUGGGCCUAUACCUUCUUCGCUUUCUGCCUGGCUAGCUUUCAAUACUCGUUCCUCUUCUGCUGCCAUACGUACAAGCUCACCAGCUUCAUGCCUUCGUGGCUUCUUCCCAUCUUCCCUAUCAUGCUUUCUGGCACGAUUGCAUCGACCAUUGCCGCUUCACAGCCCGUGUCUGCCAGAAUGCCAAUUCUGGUUGCUGGACUUGGAUGUCAGGGUCUUGGAUUUACGGUCGCUAUUCUCAUGUACGCGCAUUAUAUUGGUCGUCUUAUGCAGGUCGGAUACCCCGAUCGCGAGCAUCGAGGAGCCAUGUUUAUCGCUGUCGGACCGCCUUCUUUCACCUGCUUGGCUUUGAUCGGUAUGGCCAACGCUCUUCCCGAUGACUUCGACUUGCAGGGAGACGGCCUUGUGGAUGCCAAGCUACUCAGGACUCUGGCUCUCAUUGUUGCGCUUUUCCUUUGGGUUCUAGCUAUGUGGUUCUUCAUGGUCACUCUCAUCGCUGUCAUCAACUCCUGGGCUGUCUAUUUCCAUCUCGGUUGGUGGGCUAUGGUUUUCCCCAACACCGGUUUCGUCAUCGCUACCAUCUCCAUCGGCAAUUCCUUGAAGGACGAAACAGUGCUCUAUGUCGGGAACGGUCUUACCAUCGCCGUCAUCACGAUGUGGUUCUUCGUACUGUUCAAACACGUCCAGGCCAUCUACGUCGCAGAUAUCAUCUAUCCCGGCAUGGACGAAGACAUUGCGGAUCACUAA